GGGAGCAUUAAACUUUUCUGCUGUGUAUGGCAUAUUUCAGAAAGCACCGACUCAUUUGAGUGUGAGCACUCAGACCGACAAGUUCAUUAGUUAUUGGCAUUCUCAAGAGUGGUUUUGACGAUUUUUUUUUUCAUUAAGUUGCUCGAUAAAUACAAAAUGUUAAAAAUAUUUGAAUUUUUCGUAAUUUUACUGUAUUUUGGUGCUCUUUCUGUGAAUUCUCAAUUAAUUCUUGAAUCAAAUGUUCAAAGGGCAGUUGUGGAGGAAACUUUUUCGCAUGGAAGAAAAUUUGAAGUUGAUUAUGAGAAUGAUACUUUCUUGCUCGAUGGAAAACCCUUUCGCUACAUUUCUGGGUCCUUUCACUACUUCAGAGCUCCACGUGAAAAUUGGCGGCAAAAACUACGCACAAUGCGUGCAACUGGGCUGAAUGCUGUUAGCACGUACGUUGAGUGGUCACUUCAUAAUCCAAAAGACAAUGAUCAAUAUGUGUGGAGUGGAAUGGCGGAUUUGGAGCAUUUCUUGGAUUUAGCUGUGCAAGAGGAUCUCCUGGUUAUUCUUCGUCCUGGGCCCUACAUCUGUGCUGAAAGGGAUAUGGGAGGUUUCCCAUAUUGGCUUCUUACAAAAUACCCUAAAAUACAGCUAAGAACCUUUGAUUCAGAUUAUCUGAGAGAAGUGGAGAAAUGGUAUGGGGUACUCAUGCCUAAAAUGCAACCUUAUCUGUACGGCAACGGGGGUCCCAUAAUAAUGGUUCAAGUGGAGAAUGAGUACGGGUCAUUCAAGGCAUGCGACGCUAAUUAUAUGAAGUGGUUGAGAGACGAAACUCUCAAAUAUAUUCAGGAUAAGGCGCUCCUCUUCACGACAGACGGACCAGGCAUGCUAGCUUGUGGUAGUGUGGAAAAUGUCUUUGCUACAAUUGAUUUUGGACCAUCAAAAACCAUCUCGGGGUACUGGGAGAAGCUACGGAAAUUCCGUCCUAGGGGUCCCCUUGUCAAUUCCGAAUACUACCCCGGAUGGUUGACCCACUGGCAGGAGGGGAUGCAGCGCGUUGACACGGAGAAGGUGGUCAAAACCCUCGAUGAUAUGCUCCACGACAAUGCCAGCGUGAACUUCUACAUGUUCUUCGGCGGGACAAAUUUUGGCUUCACAGCUGGUGCCAAUAACGGCGGGAUUGGCAGCUACCAGGCGGAUGUUACUUCCUACGACUACGAUGCCCCCAUGACUGAAGCCGGAGACGCUACACCGAAACUCUUUGCAAUUCGUGACACCAUUUCACGGCAUGUGGUCAUGCCGGGUGUUGCUGUGCCCGAUCCCAGCCCAAAGCUCAACUACGGAAAAGUCUACCUAACACCACGACAGAAUCUUCUCUCACGACACACCCGCAGAAGCAUCUGCCGGGGGUCUGUUGAGUCGCGCACGCCUGUUUCAUUUGAGGAAUUGGACCAGAAUUCCGGUCUUGUGCUCUAUGAGCGCGAUCUCCCGCCAUUACGUCGCGAUCCCAGCGCAUUGAUGAUUGAGAAGCUUCACGAUCGUGCAAUUGUGUACAUUGAUCGACAAUUUGUGGGUAUAUUGAGUCGAGAGAAUAAAAUUGAUACACUCUCCAUCAAUUGGGCCAAUUGGCCGGGGCAGAAGUUGCAGAUAUUGGUGGAGAGUCAGGGAAGAAUUAAUUAUGACAUUGCCAAUGACUUCAAAGGAAUUCUCGGCUCGAUCACGCUUGAUUAUUCAAUUCUCUUCAACUGGACCAUUACGGGGUGUCCGCUGGAGAAUAUUGAGGACAUUGAGGUGCACACGCGGGAGCGGAGCCCCUUCUACCGCGAGAACCUUCUCCGAGAGGGCGCCACAAAGUGCACCGUACGCAAUGGACCGGUGUUUUUCCGCGGAGAAUUCGCAUUGACCCCGGAGCAACUGAUGGACACCUACUUGGAUCCCACAGGAUGGGGCAAAGGGGUGGCAUUCCUCAAUGGCGUCAAUUUAGGCAGAUACUGGCCAACUGUUGGCCCCCAGAUCACCCUCUACGUGCCCAAGGAAUUCCUCCUUGCGGGCACAAACAGCCUCAUCCUGCUGGAAUAUGAACGCUGCCCCGAAGAGAGGAGCAUUGAAUUGGUGGCAACGCCAAAACUCGAUGGUUAUCAAUGAGAGAGCAAAAAUGUAUUGAAAAUAAAUUUAAAUAUUAGAAAAUAUAUCAGCUCAUCAAUUACACAG